AUGUCAAGUCGUCAUUCACGUAAUCUUAGUGCUUCACUUUAUGUUCGUGGACUUUCUGAAAAAACUCGUUAUGAAGAUUUAAAGAAAAUUUUUGGUCGAUAUGGACGUAUUGUUGAUAUAACACUUCCUGUUGAUUAUUAUACAAGAGAUGCUAAAGGUUAUGGUUUUGUUGAAUAUGAAGAAAGUCGUGAUGCUGAAGAAGCACUUCAUGCUCUUGAUCGUUAUCGUUUACUUGGUCGAGAACUUGAAGUUGAAUUUGCAAGAGGCGACCGUAAAACACCAUCGGAAAUGAGAUCAAGAGAAAAAGAAGCACGUUAUGGACGUGGUGGUGGUGGUGGUGGUGGUGGAAACUUUGGUCGACGUGAUCGAUCACGAAGUCGUGAUCGUCGACAACGAAGUGGUUCUCCAAUAGCUAGAGAUCGUCGUCGAGCUGCUGGUAGUCGAUCUCGCUCACCAUAUUCACGUUCACCUGUACCGCGACGACCAGCAAGUCGUUCACGUUCGAAAUCUACUUCACCAAACUAUGGUAAACGAAAUGGUGUUGCUAGUGGAAGUGCUGUUCGUCGUGCAAGUCGUUCAGGAUCACCGGCAGAUAAUUAA